CCUACCUCUCUCGUCCAAACAGACUCCAGAUCUCAAGCAAGCCUUCACAAUUUUCAGAAACUCGAACCCGAACCCUAACCCUCCACGAUCUCUAUAUCUCUCUUAUGAUUCGCUCUGGAUAGUUCUUCAGAUCGAACCGUGGCUUCCUCAGGGUCGCCGAGCCUAUCUCGAAGGAAACCUUCUUCUUCCUCAAGGCCACCUACGAAUUCUUCCGGAGCGACUCGCAUCGUGUACAGAGAGUCCAGAAAGUCUUCGCAGUCCGAUUACCCUUUCUGGCAGCAAAACUGGUUCAUAGGUCUGCUCUUUUUAAUGGCUCUCGGAUUCUUCGCUCUCGCUCUCUUCCUCUUCCUCGGUCUGGAUACCGAUUUUGGCUACACUUCCCCCGCUUCCGCCGCUUCUUCUGAGGGCGUUGAGAUUACCUAUGGGUCGGUUCUAAAGCUGACGCAUGAGAAGACCAAGUUUCGGUUGCAUUCCCACGAUGUGCCUUAUGGUUCUGGUAGUGGGCAACAAUCAGUCACUAGUUUUCCCAACGUCGAUGAUUCCAAUAGCUACUGGAUUGUUAGACCUCAGCCAGGAACUUCUGCCAAACAAGGUGACACAAUUACAAGUGGGACAAUCAUCAGGUUGCAACACAUGAGAACUAGGAAGUGGCUUCACAGCCAUUUGCAUGCAUCUCCUAUAACAGGCAACCUAGAGGUGAGCUGCUUUGGAGGAGAGAAUGAAUCUGACACUGGGGAUUACUGGAGGUUGCUGAUUGAAGGGAGUGGGAAGACUUGGAGGCAAGAUCAAAGGAUUAGGCUUCAACAUGUCGACACUAGCGGCUACCUACAUAGUCAUGACAAGAAAUACUCCCGCAUUGCUGGAGGACAGCAGGAGGUUUGUGGCAUCCAAGAAAAGCGUGCAGACAAUGUUUGGUUGGCAGCCGAAGGCGUAUACCUUCCAAUCACAGAAAGCAAAUAAAAACUUUUGGUCUAUUCAUUAUGAAUCUUGAAUCGUCUGGUGGCUCUUAGAUGUGCACUAAAUGUCAUCUUAAUAUUAGAAUACUAUACUCUGAUGAAUUGUUAGUCUUAUCACACAUUUUGUGAGGGCUCUUAUCCUGUCGAAGUUACGAUAUAUAUAUGAGGCAACCGAUGUAGUAUU